ACUUUACACACGGCAUGUUUCUUUCAUAGUUGCAUUCCGUAAAGGGUUUUUUUAAUUUUUUUUUAAAUAAAUUUAUUUCGUCAAAUAAUUAAGAAUUGUAGUCAGAUCGCCCGCACCAAUUUUAAUUAUCUUGAUUCUAUUUUACCAUUUUAAAUAUUUAAUAAUCACAUCACAAUGGAUAUGGACAGCUCAUCUGCCUCUGAAGGAGAAAAUGAAAAUGCGUUGGUUAAAGAUCGCUGGGAUGAUGAUGACGUUCCUAAUUUUGCUAAUGUGAAAUCCAAGCCUGCCACAGAUGAACAAAAACACGUCAAGUUUGCACAGCCACCUGUGGCUCCGGCUGCGACUACAGCAGCUACCACAGUUGCUACAGCUGCGACAGAAACCACAGCAGCUGCUGACCCAUUAGCCGAAGACACCAUAGACCUAUAUGAGCCAGUCACCAAAGAACAAUUUGAUAGAUUCGAAAGUCUCAUCAAAGAAAAAUUAACCAAAUACGAUAAAUCGGCACAUUAUGUAACCAUGCUGGAUGAGUUGUUGAAGGAAUUGUGUCAAAAUUUGCAAAUGGAAGACGUCAAGAAGAUAUCCAACACGCUGACCGCUGUCUCCAGCGAGAAACUCAAACAAUCAAAGACCUCGAAAGUUAAGAAGAAAGGCAAGAGGGCUGCCCUGACGACUGGCAAGGAUGUUGACGCGGUUGAUUACGAUUACGACAACGAUUACGAUGCUUACGAAGAUUAUUUGUGAUUUUAUCAGCCUAUUUUUUCACUAUUACACUAUUUAAAUAUUUUAAUAUAUUUAUUAUUAAUAUAAUAUAAUAUAUUGUUAAUUAUUAUUAUUAAUUAUAUUUAUUAUUAUUAUUAAAUAUAUUUAUUAUUAAUAUAAUAUAAUAUAUUGUUAAUUAUUAUUUUAAUAUAUUUAAAUAUAAGGGGUAGUUUAUUUGAGGUUUUAAUUGGUACGAAAUUUGUUUUGAUGUAUUUUGUCUUUGUUUGUUAAAUAUUUUGAAGAAAUUUUAGGAUUUAUUGAAAAAGGUUUUUUAUUGCU